ACUGUUGGUACUUCAGUAGAAAUCGGCCCGAAAUGUUCGACUUCAUAUUUGUUUCCUUGACUUUGAUUCUAGCUUUCAUUAUAAAGUAUAACUGGGACAGGCGAUGGCUUUACUAUUAUGGUUCAAAAUUAGAUAGUCCCAUUGGUUGGCCCAUCAUUGGCAGUGCCCAUUAUAUCAUCGGCGGUCAUAAAGUUUUCUACAAAAACGUAAAUAUGCUCCUAAAAUCAUAUCCUUCAGAAGUUGCCAAAAUAUGGAUAGGUCCCACUUUAGUAGUAUCGAUUACAAAACCAGAAUAUGUUGAAAUUGUGCUAAAUAAAUGUUUGGAAAGACCGGAGUUUUACGAGUUCGGUAAACAGAUAAUCGGAGCUGGGAUUCUAACAGCGCCAAUUGAUGUUUGGAAAAGCAGACGGAAAAUGAUUAAUCCAACUUUUAACCCAAACAUUUUGAACUCUUUUGUUGAAAUUUUCGGACGAUAUGCGUUUCAUUUAACAAAUGCACUUGAGGAAAACUGCGGAAAAGAGUCUUUUGAUAUUUUACCAAAAUUGUUUAAAUGCACUUUUGAGACCGCUUGUGAAACGCUUGGUGACGUUAACAGUAAUGUACUUCAAGGCCCGGAAGAGAUUUUCGAAAAUUUAACAAAGGCAGAAGAUCUUAUAACGACUCGUGCAUUUUCCCUUUGGCUGUAUCUUGAUUUCUUCUGGAACAUGACUUCGUUUUGUAGGGAAUUGGAUAAAGCGAGUAAAUCAAUAAUUUCAAUUGCAAAACAAGUAAUACAAAUAAAAAAAUCAAGUCGUAACCAAAAACCAAGUGAACCAAUGAUACAAGACAAUACUUACAAAGAAAAACGUUUUGUAAAUCAUUUGUUAAAAUUGAGCGAAACAAAUGCGAAACUCGACCAAACAGCCUUAGCAGACGAGAUCCAAACAUUUUUACUUGCUGGGAGCGAAACUACAGCUCUUACAGUUGGUUUAACUUUAAUUAUUUUAGGAAUAUACCCAGAAAUACAGAAAAAAAUUGGUAAAGAACUUGAGGUCAUCUUCGGCAAAGAUGCCAGGGUGCCAACUUUAGAAGACAUUAACAGAAUGGAGUACCUGGAAAGGGUCAUUAAGGAGACUUUGAGAUUCCUAACACCCGUACCAUUCAUGUUACGAACUAAUAACCAAGAUAUAACGCUUGAUUCGAACACAAUCCCGGCUGGAAGUUGCAUAAUGAUCCCAAUUUUUCACAUUCACAAGAAACCGGAAUAUUGGAAAAAUCCGAAUGAAUUCGAUCCUGAUCGCUUUUUGCCUGAAAAUAGUUCGAAGCGGCCUCGGUGUGCUUUUAUUCCGUUUAGUUCAGGGCCUAGAAAUUGCAUAGGUUUUAAAUACGGCAUGAUGUCAGUUAAAGUUCUAUUGGCUGUGAUUUUACGAAAGUACACAGUUGUGGCAACUGAAUAUAAAAAAGUGGAAGACAUCGAAAUGCUCUUCUAUCUGGUGAACAAACCAAUCUCAGGAUGUAAGAUCAAGUUGGAGAAAAAAUAAUUGGG